UCAGAAAUAAACAACAAUUUGAAGAAACCGCGAUUUCCUGUUAUCGCUGAUUGGCGGUUGGAUUGAAAACAGUGGCUCCGCCUAUCAGGCGACUCUACCUAUCAGACGUUACUCAGAUUCACACAAUACGGAAACAACAAGGGAUUACCGUCGUCUGCUUAUCCUGGAGCUUCUUUGGUGUUCACUUAAAAAGUUUCAGGUCUCCCAUGUCAACGGAUGGGACUGAGAGGAGAAGGUUUGGCAGUUUCUCUGCGAUGAUGGACACUUAGUCCUGGCAGUACUCCCAAUGGAAGCUCCAGUCACAGCUGCCCCUCCUCCCAACUCCUCCGACCUGCCGGGCCCGAUCCCCCUGCAUCCAGCUGUCGCCCCGUCGGUCGAGCUCGGCUUCACUAUCCUCUACACCACUCUGUACGCCGCGCUGUUCCUGGUGGUGUACAUACAGCUCUGGCUUCUCUACCUCUACAGACACAAAAGAUGGAGCUACCAGAGCGUCUUCCUGUUCCUCUGCCUGCUCUGGGCUGCCCUGCGCACCACCCUGUUCUCCUUUUACUUCUGUAACGCUCUGGAGGCCAACCACCUACCUGUUGCAGCCUACUGGCUGCUCUACUGCUUCCCUGUCUGUCUGCAGUUCUUCACUCUCAGCCUCAUUAACCUGUAUUUCACUCAGGUGUUACUCAAAGUGAGAGAGAAGUAUAGCUCAGACCCGGACAGAGGAAUAUGGCUGGCGCGGUGCGCGUACGGUGCACUGAGCGCCAUCUUUCUCUGCGUCAACGUGGCCUGUGCGUCUCUGGAGGACAGAGGCACCGGGUCAGGGGGGCGGACCUGGAGUCUGGUCCUGGUUCGAGUUCUAGUCAAUGACUUGCUCUUCAUUCUGGAUGCGGUGUUACUGGCCGCCUUGCUGUUGCUCCUGACCCGACACUCGCGCUCCACCAGCCCCUACCUGCUCAGCAAGGGGACCACGGUGUGCCGUACAGCAGCCCUGGGAGCAGCAGUGAUCUUGUUGUUUGCGAGUCGGGCCUGCUACAACCUGGCGGUGCUCAUUCUGUCUCAGAACCACCGAGUGGAGUCCUUCAACUUUGACUGGUACAACGUCUCAGACCAGGCUGACUUGCGUAGUGAACUGGGCGACAGGGGCUACCUGGCCUUCGGCGCCAUCCUCUUCAUAUGGGAGCUGCUGCCGACCAGUCUGCUCAUCCUCAUCCUCAGGGUUCCCCGGCCUGCGCAGGAGACCAGCAGCAUGGCCAUUAACAACAGGGUCCUACCCCGGCCAUAUUUCUUUGAUGACCCUCAAGGCAGCGAUGACGAUGCACCCGCUCCAUGGGCACGUGGUUCACAGCCACACUCAAGCUGGUACGGCUCAGAGACGGCUCCUCUCCUGUUUGCCAGCAAUCCACCAGAUCAGGGCCAGCAGCACCACUCAUUCUACUCCACCCCCCAGAACUGACCGGGACUUCAGGGUCCUCCGUGAUGAUGUCAUCUCCCGGAUGAGACCGCGCCCAGCUACCACCCAGUAGCGCCGCCCUCCCUCUCUGUGAACAGUUUGGUUUUUUUAAAACUGAAAACCUCAGGAAUUCAUCGACAAAACGGCGAAUAUGCACCUUGUAGUUUUUGAACAGAGACUAUAUUGAAAAUAUUUCUUGGGUCAAAGAGGACAAACUUGUCGGGACAAGACAGACACAGCCUCUUUUAUAAAAGGUUAAGGUAAGAUUUAGUCACAAUGUGUUGAUGAAACAAGGUAAACUAGCUCUUACAAUUCCUAAAAAA